GGUUCUGUAAAGUCACGUGAUUUCUGGGAAAAGGAGCGUCUGCGGGAGGCAGCAGAGUCCGGACCCGCAGCGCCGGAGAGCUGACACCGUCAGUCUGCACGCACCGCGGAGGAAACGCAACCGAGUUUUUAACAGUCAUGGCAGGAGGGAGAAUGCGCUCCACACGCAGACUGCGCUCCUGGAUCGUCGAACAGGUCAGCAGUGGGAAGUACCCGGGUCUGGUCUGGGACGACGACGCCAAAACCAUGUUCCGCAUCCCGUGGAAACACGCCGGGAAACAGGACUUCCGUAAAGACGAAGACGCCGCCAUUUUCAAGGCGUGGGCGGAGUUUAAAGGGAAGCUGACAGAAGGGGGUCAAGACAACCCGGCGUCCUGGAAGACGCGUCUGCGCUGCGCCCUCAACAAGAGCCCGGAGUUCACGGAGGUGAUGGAGCGAGCUCAGCUGGACAUCUCCGAGCCCUACAAGGUGUACCGGCUGGUCCCCAUCAACGAGCAGGGCAUGCUGGUUCCUGAGAAGAAAUGCCGAGAGAAAGCCACCAAGAGGUCAAAAAGGAGGCGGAGCAGCGAAUCGGACGACGACUACGUCGUUCCGGUGAAGCAGAUAAAGACGGAAGAGGUCACAUCGCAGCAGGCGGAUCAGAACGUCAGUGAAGCUCACAGUGCCGUCGGAGAGGUUCUGCUGCAGAGCCUCGUCCCCGCCCCGAUAGAAGAGACGGGUCAGUUCUCCGCCACCAUACAGGCCGACAUUGUUGAUGAGAUCACGCUGGACGUUCGGAUCGAGGAGAGCGUCCCGGCUCCCACAGGAGUCCAGGACUCCUUCAGCGUGGUGGUCCAUUAUUUAGGACAGGAAGUCCUUAAUCAUCAGAUCCAGGGCGCCGACAUCAGGAUAACGUACCAGCCGUCCUCCGCUGCCCCGCCGACCUCCGCCAUCCUGAAGAGGUUUCCUCGAAUCCCGCUGCCGGAGCCGCCCUCCACGCUGCCGGCCGGCCCGGAGCUGCAGGCCCUGUUCACCCUGCUGCCCUUCAUGGAGAGAGGGGUGGUGCUGACCUCCACGCCGCAGGGCAUCUACGGCAGACGGUUCUGCCAAGGGCGGGUGUUCUGGACGGGGCCGCACACGACAGAACCAGGGCUGCACAAGAUGGAGAGGAACACGGAGCCGGUGCUGCUCUUCAGCAAAGACGCCUUCAAACAACAACUGGACUUCUACCGUACAAACGGCGGCGAGCCUCCUCAGUGCGGCGUCACGCUGUGUUUCGGAGAAGAGCUGAGCAACACCGAAGACCCGUCUGGAAAACUCAUCAUCGUUCAGAUCACUUUACCGUGGGCCGCACAGCAGGUCCAGAACACUCAGUCGCUCUUCCAGUCCAUCUCCAUCCUCCAGACUCUGGCCAGUCAGUCUCCACUGGGAGAAAUCACUCUAAACCUGGUCCCAUGUGGGUCUGCCUAGAACUGUGUCCAAUGUCAGGGGGGGGGGUUCAUUUCAAAAUAAGACACACAUCCAUUCAUACAAAAUAAAAGCAUACAGGGCCGAGCGGCAUUUUCACUGUAAAAGCGUCACUUUAAGGGAAUUUUUGGACCAAAUUAGAACCCCCGACUUCAAAAUCAAAACCCGAUUCUGUUUUCUUGCAUCGGCCCUCGUAGAAUAGCACAAAUCUCAAAGCACUUAUGAGUAAAAUCUAUUUAACUAUUAAACUGUUUUUAUUGUCCUGUGAGUGGAGACGGUGCUCGUAGAGAUCAGAUGGUGUCCUGGAAGCACUACAUGUAAACAGAGAAGUCGACCUCAGAGCUGCAGCCGUCUGCCGAUCGGCAGAAUUGAUCUGUUUUUUGAUAAUCAAUUUUGUCAUUUUUCUAUGUAAAAAAACAAAAAACAAACUCUCGUUCAGCUUCGAUUUGCACUUUUCUCCAUCACACAUGACAGUAAAUAUAGUAUCUUAAAUGUUUUGGACUGUUAGAUUUGUUUACUUUAACAUCUCAACGACGAUUUAGUGAUUCUGUCAGUUGCAGCUCCGGUCGUCUUUCUUCGUUCUUGAAAUCUAGAAACGAGACGUGAACUCAGUUCUGUGGUCACGGGUGCACGUCACGUUUCCCCCGUUAAGCCAGAGGUUCCCGACCUGGGACACAAGGUGACACCUGAGGUGACACAACGAGAAGAGAAGCAGACAGAAACGCGUCCGCUUCACAAACUUAUCUUGCUUGUUGCUGGAUAGUUCUAACGUUUUUACUCUAAACGGUGUCACGACGUUAGCAGGUUGGGAAGCGUCGCUCUGAGCAGCUCGUAGGCGUUUUGUUUUUUUUGUUUUAUACUUCAGCAACAUUUAAAACCUCGUUCUUGAAGCAGCAACAACAACAACAACAAAAAAUCUCAGAGCAGUUCAGUAGAACUGCUGUCGUGAGCAAAGACGUGUCUCUCAGUAACUCGUUAGCAGUUUAGUUUUUAAUGUAACGUCUGUUUCGUUUUCACAUUAGCUUCCUGUUGUUAAACACAAUGGAUUACGUCUCUGAACAACUUUCAUUCCUGCUCCAGUUAGAAAUCAUGUGUUAGGUUAUUAAGUGAGAAAAUAAUUUACAGUAGUGUACAGAGUGUCGCUCAAACGUCUGUUAGUGUUUCACAUUUACACUGAUUGGACAUUUUCUAAGAUGUUCAGAAAGUAUCAGGGGAAAACAAACAUAUGAAACAUUUCAAUAUAAAAGUCCUGCAGUAAAUACAUUCUGCUGAAGCGCAGGAUGUUUGUUUUUCUUGGCUUCAUGUACGUUCAUACACUGCUCACAUCUCCUCAAUUACUUUUGUUGUACAGAUAUUUCUGGUUUCUAGCGCGACACCGAGGAUCGAUUCAUCUUUCAAAUUCGAUCAGGAUUCAUCUUCCUUCAGCUUCAGCUCAUUUGUAUUCACUGCACGACUUUAAUAUUAUAAAUUAUUAUAAUAUAAAAGGUGUUUCUGUUUUUUUGUCCACCCCUUGGAGCUUGUCUUAUACAUGGGAAUAACAGUAAUACAGCAACAAAAAGAACACAGCAGGACCAGAUGAACCACAGCUGCUUGGCAGUAGUGUUAAAAGGUUGGAUUUUUCCAUGUUAAGUCAGCGGGGGUGUUGGGCUGAACCAAAAGGCACACUCUGACGGGGGGGUUGGAAGACUACAGAGACCUACCAAACUGUAAAUAUUGUGUUAUUUAUGCAUGUUUUACGUCAUGUCCAUGUUCAGUCACAACAAAUAAAGCAUUAAAAAUAAA